AGCCACCCUCGUCCUUAUCCCGGAGGAGCAAGACGACCUUACCGUCAAAACCCCGGGAUGUCAUGGGUACUCCUCUGUGGCCACUUCUAGAAGCCGAGCCACCAGAGGUCAUGGGUCACGGCAGGGUGUCUCGACAGGCUCUGGGCUACCGCCACGAUCUUAACGGUGCCCCGAGAGGGGCGGGGUGCAGGCCUCCCUCGCUUGGGUAGAAGAGCUGCGGAGAUGGGUGCGGGACGGCUUGCGUCAUCAGUCUGCACCCGUUGGGGCCGCGACCCGCGUUUGGAGUAGGAAGUGUCUCUGCUGUCGCUUUCUGAUGAGAUCAUUGGCUGUGGACGUGGGGACCUGAGUGGCACCUGGCCUUUGAAGGCUGUUGAAUUGGCUGUCUAUAAUGGGAAGAACCUACAUUGUAGAAGAGACUGUUGGCCAGUAUCUUUCAAGCAUCAACCUCCAGGGAAAACCUUUUGUCUCUGGUCUUUUGAUAGGACAGUGUUCUUCACAAAAGGAUUAUGUGAUUCUUGCCACUAGAACACCACCCAAAGAGGAACAAAAUGACAAAGUCAAACAGCCGAGAGCUAAGUUGGAUAAUUUGGAUGAAGAAUGGGCCACAGAACAUGCCAGCCAGGUGUCCAGAAUGCUCCCUGGAGGACUUGUGGUUCUUGGAAUAUUUAUUAUCACAACUUUAGAACUAGCAGAUGAUUUUCAAAAUGCCCUGCGCAGACUAAUAUUUUCUAUGGAAAAAUCUAUGAGUAGAAAAAGACUAUGGGAUGUCACAGAGGACGAGGUCUCAGAACGAGUGACACUUCACAUUUGUUCUUCUACAAAAAAAAUAUCUUGUCGAACUUACGAUGUCCAAGAUCCAAAGAGUUCAGCAAGACCCGCAGAUUGGAAGUAUCAGAGUAGAGUGUCUGCCUCAUGGCUGUCUCUAGACUGUACUGUUCACGUUAACAUUCACAUCCCACUGUCGGCUACUUCUGUCAGUUACACUCUGGAAAAAAACACAAAGAGUGGACUUACACGCUGGGCCAAGCAAAUAGAAAAUGGUGUUUAUCUGAUUAAUGGACAAGUUAAAGGCAACGAUUGUGACUUAUUAGAAGGACAGAAAAAAAGCAGAGGAAAUACGCAAGCAACUGCUCAUUCUUUUGAUGUCCGAGUGCUAACACAGUUGCUCCUGAAUUCGGACCACAGAUCCACAGCCACAGUCCAAAUCUGCAGUGGUUCUGUAAAUCUUCGGGGAAAUGUGAAAUGCAGAGCUUAUAUCCAUAGCAACAGACCCAAGGUUAAAGAUGCUGUGCAGGCAGUGAAGAGAGAUAUUUUGAACACAGUUGCUGAUCGCUGUGAAAUACUCUUUGAGGACCUGCUUCUGAAUGAAAUUCCAGAAAAAAAAAAUUAUGAACUUCCUCAGAGAGUUUUUGUUCCCCUUCCUGGAUCUACUGUAAUGUUAUGUGACUAUAAGUUUGGUGAUGAAUCAGCUGAAGAAAUCAGAGACCAUUUUUCAGAGAUGUUAGAUCAUGAGAUUCAAAUAGAAGACUUGGAAAUUGCAGAGGAAGUAAACACAGCUUGCAUGACUUCCUCUGUGAAUAGUGAGGCUUCACUGACCAACACAAGUGAAGAACAACCAGAACAACCAAAAAAAACCAUAGGAGUGAAAAUUCAGCAAAACAUAGGUGUGAUCGCAGCACUAGCUGUUGCAGUGCUUGCUGCGGGCAUCUCCUUCCAUUACUUCAGUGAUUAGAGCUCCCUGAUCAUCCAGAAAUCACGGAUCAACAGCUACAGAAAAUAACGACAUCAAUGUCCACCUGCACUGAAGCUAGCAAGCAGCUCUGCUACGUUAACAUCUGUUAGAUGUGUUUCUGACUUACAUGAAACCACCAGCUGCCUUGUUUAGCCCUGCUUUGAUUAUCUGGCCCAGGUUUCCAAAAGUAAACUGUGCAUCUAAAUGGAGUUGCAUGUAACAAAUCACUAUUAUGUAUUUUCAGAAGGGUCAAAAUGUGAGCUAUUUAAGAGUUUAGUGCUUUCAAAAAAAAAAAAAAAAAAGUUUAGUGCUAUUGAACCGGAUCACACAUUGAUUAGAAUAUUGAAAGUUUAAGCAGACAGUAGUAACUAUAGCAGAUGUAUCACUAGGCAUUAUCUUCAUCCUAAAGGACUUUUCUAAUAUGCACCCAGUUGCCGUAGUUUAUAGACACUGUUUAAAUUGGAGGCCAUGAAUAUUAUUUUAAGCAUACACAUGGACUGUGGUUUCUUGGAUGGCAGAUCCAGUAGUAGCACUGCAGAAUGCUGUUUGCCUCAAUCCAGAAAAGAGAGAAAUGUAAAUCUGAGAUGCUAUCCUAGUUAGGGAAGUUAAUAUUCAGCAGCUCCCCCUUGUAGUUCUGUGUAGCUAGCUCCUGGCAGAAAUAAACUAGAAACACUCCUAACUUAGGCCCAAGACUCCCAUAAGUUAUGAUCAAGCAAUAUUUCUUCCUGAUUCUAUAUCAUGAGGUACAAGAUGCAGUGAGACUGGGAGAAAUAAACUAUAGGAAAAACACAUUGAAGUCAUUUCCCAAGGUUCACGUCAACAAUGUAGAGAGUAACAGGUGGGUAGAGCCACAGUGUGGGUGAAAGCCAAGUAGUGCUCCUCAGAAUGAGGAGGAGAGGAAACUGUGGGCUGUUUAGUGGGAGUGGACUUGGCUGAAGAGACCAGAGAAUGGAAGGUAGAGCAGCAGGAAGGCUGGGAGGAGUGAGGAGGGACAAGGUCUAGGAGGACCAGGAGGCGGGAAUGGGAGAGAGGCAGCACUUAGACAACAGGUUUCUGCACACUCGUUACCAAACAGGCUUAUAAUUGAAGAAACAAACAAACAAACAAAUAAUUCACAAGUGAAUCAAGUAUGAAACAAGGUUCCUAAAAAGCCAAAGAGGUGAUAAAGAUGCCCAGCUAAGGCAACUCAGUCACAUGCAUAGUAGACCGGAAGCAACAGUUUACCCAAGAAGGUGGUAAAAUCUCUUCAUAGUUGUGAGGGCAACUGAAAAUCAGUGCAAAGUGAAACUCAGAAACAAACCGUUAUUACAGAACUGAAAAAGGAUGGUCCUUGAUAAGAAGAAUUCCUCAAGAAGCAAGCUUUGAAAGUGAAGUGUUAAUGAGCAGACAAAACGAUCAAUAUUGUAAAUCUAAAGUGUUAUUUGUAUACAAAAAUCAUAAUGAAGUAUUUAAAGAAAUUGUAAUAGAAAUUGUAAACAAAUGUAACACCGAAUAAAUAUUGUUAAUGCAA